AGUCUUUAUAUAAUUAUAUUACAUGUGCUUGUCUUUUCCUUAUCCUGUUCCCUUCUAGAAACAUGUUCAAAAAAUGAUAUAGAAAUUAAGAAUGGGUUUCUUUCUGAAUCUGACUUUAUAUAUAAUCUAAAUAAAGUAACACAAUAUAAGUGCAAACCAGGCUAUGUAACUGAAGAUGGUAACACAUCGGGAUCAAUUACCUGCCUCCAAGAUGGAUGGUCAGCUCAACCCUCCUGUGUUAAAUCUUGUGAUAUGCCAGCAUUUGAGAAUGCUAAAACCAAAAGUAACGCCACGUGGUUUAAACUCAAUGACAAGUUGGACUAUGAAUGUAAUGUUGGGUUUGAAAACAGAUUCAAGCGUGCCAAAGGAUCCAUAGUAUGUCAGGACAAUGGAUGGUCACAUAUACCCACAUGUUAUGAAAGGGAAUGCAGGAUUCCCAAAAUGGGAAAAUUCUUAAUGGCUGAUCCCAAGAAAGAUAAAUAUAAAGUUGGAGAUUUGUUGAAAUUUUCCUGCCGAUCAGGACUUACAAGAGUUGGACCAGAUUCAGUACAAUGCUACCAUUUUGGAUGGUCCCCGGAUAUCCCAAUAUGUAAAGAUCAAGUACAGUCAUGUGGUCCACCUCCUCCACUAUUCAAUGAGGAAGUUAAAGAAACAAAGAAAGAAGAAUAUGGACACAAUGUAGUAGUAGAAUACAAUUGCAAUCCUAGAUUUUUGAUGAAGGGACCUAAUAAAAUUCAAUGUGUUGAUGGAACGUGGACAACCUUGCCAAAAUGUAUUGAGGAGGAGAGAACAUGUGGCGCUAUACCUGAACUUGACCAUGGCUUUGCCCAGCCUUCUGACCCUCCUUAUCACCAUGGGGAUUCAGUGGAGUUCAAUUGUACAGAAACCUUUACAAUGAUUGGAGACAGAUCAAUUACAUGUAUUAGUGGAAUGUGGACCCAACUUCCUCUGUGUGUUGCAACAGAUCAACUUGAGAAGUGUCAAGCACCAAGACUAACUGCAAAUGAAGCAAAUCAAUCAGAUAAAAAUGAAUAUAAUCAUAAUUUUAACUUCAGUUACUCAUGUAGGGGAAAGUUGGAGCAGAAACAUUCAAUCUGUGUCAAUGGACGAUGGGACCCUGAACCAACCUGCACAAAAGUGGAGAUAAACUUCUGCCCACCUCCACCUCAGAUUCCCAAUGCUGAAGAUAUGAAAACCACAGUGAAGUAUCAGGAUGGAGAAAAAGUAUCUGUUCUUUGCAAAGAAAAUUAUCUGAUUAAGGAAGCAGAAGAAAUUGUGUGCAAAAAUGGAAUAUGGCAGUCAAUACCACGCUGUGUUGAAAAACUUUCAUGUUCUCAACCACCUGACAUAGACCAUGGAAGAAUUAGUCCAUCUAGAUCUUCAGAAGAAGGGAAAGAAGCAAUUGAAUCCAGACAGUAUGCACAUGGCACUAAACUGAAUUAUAGUUGUGAAGAUGGUUUCACAACCUCUGAGGAAGAUGAGAUAACAUGCUACAUGGGCAAAUGGAGUCCUCCACCUCAGUGUGUAGGACUUCCUUGUGAACCUCCACCUUCCAUUCCUAAUGGUGUUGUGUCUCAUGAGUUAGACAGUUACCCAUAUGGACAAGAAGUUAUUUACAAUUGUUCUGAAGAUUUUGGGAUUGAUGGACCUGCAUUUAUAAAAUGUUUAGGAGGAAAAUGGUCUUCCCCACCAGAAUGCAUAAGAACAGAUUGUUUUAAUUUACCCAACUUUGAUGAUGCCACGCUUUUAGGAGAAAGGAAAGAAUCAUAUAAGUCAGGAGAUCAAGUGACUUACAGAUGUCCAAAAUUUUACCAAGUGGAAGGGUCCAAUACCAUAACAUGUAUUAAUGGCAAAUGGAUAGGAAAGCCAAUGUGCAAAG